GCCAUCACCAUCGCACAUUUCAUAUUCUGUGUCUUUUUGGGUUUAGAAAUAUAGUUGGGAAAUGAAGAUGGGUUUGAGUCUUGCUCAGGGACUAGUCCUCGUGGUAACUGUAGCCACCAUUUUGGCAACUAGCCAGGCUGCAGACACCAUUGUUGUCGGAGGGUCCGAGAACUGGCGAUUUGGGUUUAACUACACUGGUUGGGCCCUCAAACAUGGCCCCUUUUUCGUAAAUGAUAUACUAGUGUUCAAGUAUGAUCCGCCAAGUGAGACCACUCGACCACACAAUGUCUACUUGCUGCCAAAUCUUGGGAGCUUUAUCAAGUGUGAUUUCGAGGGAGCCAAGCUUCUGGCAAAUGCAACGCAAGGAAGUGGCAGUGGGUUCGAGUACGCUCUGAUGAAUCCGUGGAGGCCUCUCUAUUUUGCUUCCAGCGAGGGAAAUGGUGCUGAUUGCAAAGUUGGUCUGAUGAAGUUCUUUGUUGUGCCUUUGCCUCGAAUUGGUAAUUAAAAGGCUAACUAAAACAUAGGUUUUGUGAUAAUAAGGUACAUGACUACAAUAAAAGAAUGGGUUGGUUUUGUUCUUGUACUUGUACCAUAAGAUAUGAAAAACCCCAUUGUUUGUAAUGGGAGUGAGAUGAUUAUUAUGUUUGUGUGAUUUCGCAUUGUCGAAUAAAAUUACUUACGAUAUUUCUUUUGAGGA